AUGGAGCAGCACAAGGGUGUGCAGGGCGUCAUCAUUCUCUCUCAUGAUGGUAUCCCCAUUCGGUCAACUCUGGAUAACGAUAAGACCAUCUCGUAUGCUGCUCUCAUCACACAGCUGACAGAGAAGGCCGCGUCUGUCGUCCGUGAGCUCGACGUCACAAACGAGCUCACCUUCCUCCGUGUCCGCUCAAAGCUCAACGAGAUCAUGGUCGCUCCCGAUGAGCAGUACAUCCUCAUCGUCAUCCAGUCGGCCGGUACUCAGUAUGCUGUCAAGGAGAUGGAGGUGUUGGGCAAGAAGCGGCUGAUGAAGGAGAGGGCCAUUUGGGAGGUGAGGGUCAUUGCUGCCGCUGGUAAUGGUCAUCCCUAUAUCAUUGGAUACAAGGAAGCAAGCUAUGCUAAUGGAACCGUGUACAUUGUCAUGGAGUAUGCAUCGGCUGGCAACUUGUCUCACCUCGUCAAGCAGUAUGCCACACCCUCGGGCGCGCUUCCCGAGUCGCUCCUCCGUCGCCUGCUCGUCCAGCUGGCCCUCGCGCUCAAGGCCCUGCACGAUGCGGACUUUGUCCAUCGUGAUCUCAAGAGCGACAACGUGUUUCUGGACGCUGGCCUUGACGUCAAGCUCGGCGACUUUGGCCUGGCGCGGUCGCUGCCGCGCAGCUCGUACGCGUACACCCCAGCUGGGACGCCUGGCUACCAGGCGCCCGAGAUCAUGAUGGGCCGGGCGUACAACGCCAAGGCCGACGUCUGGUCGCUCGGAUGCAUUGCGUACGAGAUGUGUGCCGGGCGGCUGCCGUACCACCCGUCAGUCAAGCAUCAGAUCAUGUACAUGCAGCCGGGCCCGCUGCCGUACACGUACUCGAGUGGCCUGCGGAGCCUCAUCGGCAAGAUGCUCAACAAGAACGCACACUCGCGGCCGUCGAUUGACGCCAUCCUCAAUGACUCGUACAUGCGUGCGGCGUUCAAGGACGAGCUCAGCGCCGAUCACCAGGCGCUCUUUGACGCUUCCUUUGCCUUUAAGGCGCCAAGCGCGGCGACGCCGAGCCACGCCGACGACAUCCAGCGCCAUCUCAUUGGCUCCAUCCGGACGUUUGACUUUGCCGAGAGCGAAGCCGCGCCGGCUGAGCCCCCUGUGGAGCAGCUUGUCGCCAAGGAGAAUGUGGGCGUGGUGAGCGGCAAGAAGCUUGCCUCGGCCGCCGCCGCGCUCCCGUCGCCGAUCGAGGGACUCGACGCCGACGGCACCGGCCCGCUAGCAGACUCUGCGUCGGUGGCUGCGCCGGGCGUCUCCGACUCGGUCGUCCUCUACUCGGGCAUCGACAACCUACUUGGCGACCUGGAUCUCAACGCCACUCUCGACGCCGAGACUAUUGCGGCCAAGAUCCAGGAGAUGAACUCGCGGUUUAGCAAGAUCUCGACUCGGGCGGCAGCGAGCGACGCGGGCUCGCCGGCAGUGCCUGCGCACAAGGGCAGCAGCGCGGCGGCAGCGCCUGCGCGGACGCCUGCGCGGGCCGGCCCGGCAGUGCCUGCGCGGCACGCGGCCGAGGCUGGCGCCGGCGCGGCGCCACUCAAAGUGGCUGCGCACAAGAUGACCGUGUCGUCGUCGGUGAACACGAGCGCUGCAAAGGCGCGCGUGGCCAACCCGCUCUUUGACGCGCCGACGGUCUCGGUUGUCGAGAGCUACGGCGUCGGCGGCGGCGGAUGGGGCGCGUCGGUGGCCGGCAGCUAUGCGCUGUACGGCGGUGGCGGCGGGUACGGGUACGGCGCAGGCGGGCUGUACUUCUGAGGACGGACGAGCGAGCACGGAGCAAUGAACAGUGCAUGUAUCUC